GGUAUUGGUGAGCUGGGCGCCUGCUGGUCGCGCGGCGGCGCUUGCAAAGGACCUCGGCCUUGGGUCGAGGCGUGUGGCGCGCGGAGCGCGACGUUCUGGGCUCGGCGAUGGUGGGCGUCCCUGGAGCGGCCGCCUUCCAGCUUGGUUCUGAAAAAAAAGUGCCAGCAAUGCCUGGAUCGCCUGCAGAAGUGAAAAUACAGUCACGAUCUUCGCCUCCCAGCAUGCCACCCCUCCCACCAAUAAAUCCUGGAGGACCGAGGCCAGUGUCCUUUACUCCUACAGCAUUAAGCAAUGGCAUCAGCCAUUCUCCUCCUACUUUGAAUGGUGCUCCUUCACCACCACAGAGAUUCAGCAAUGGUCCUGCCUCUUCCACAUCAUCUGCACUAACAAAUCAACAAUUGCCAGCCACUUGCGGUGCCAGACAACUCAGCAAGUUGAAACGCUUUCUCACCACUUUGCAACAGUUUGGCAAUGAUAUUUCCCCUGAGAUUGGGGAGAAGGUUCGGACUCUUGUUCUAGCAUUGGUGAACUCAACAGUGACAAUUGAAGAAUUCCAUUGCAAGCUCCAGGAGGCCACAAACUUUCCUCUUCGUCCCUUUGUGAUUCCAUUUCUCAAGGCCAACCUGCCACUGCUACAGCGAGAACUGUUGCACUGUGCCCGGGCUGCCAAGCAGACCCCAUCCCAGUACCUAGCGCAACAUGAACACCUUCUGCUCAACACCAGCAUUGCGUCUCCAGCUGACUCUUCCGAGCUACUCAUGGAAGUACAUGGAAAUGGGAAAAGGCCCAGUCCAGAGAGAAGAGAAGAGAGUAAUUUUGAAAGAGAUACAAUUCCUCCUGAGCCUCCUGCCAAGAGAGUAUGUACCAUCAGUCCUGCUCCUCGACACAGUCCUGCCCUCACUGUGCCCCUCAUGAAUCCUGGGGGCCAGUUUCACCCGACUCCUCCACCUCUUCAGCACUAUACCUUAGAAGAUAUCGCAACUUCUCACCUGUAUCGGGAGCCAAACAAGAUGCUAGAACAUCGAGAUGUUCGUGAGAGGCACCACAAUCUCAGUAUAAAUGGAAGCUAUCAAGAUGAGUUGGUAGACCACCGUUUGACAGAAAGGGAAUGGGCUGAUGAAUGGAAACAUCUUGACCAUGCUCUGAAUUGCAUUAUGGAAAUGGUAGAGAAAACGAGGCGUUCCAUGGCAGUUCUGAGGCGCUGUCAGGAGUCUGAUCGGGAAGAACUCAACUACUGGAAGAGACGAUUUAAUGAAAAUACAGAGAUGAGAAAAACGGGAACGGAGCUGGGCUCCAGGCAACACAGCCCUGGGAGUGCAGAUUCUCUCAGCAAUGAUUCUCAGCGGGAAUUUACCAGUAGACCAGGAACAGGAUAUGUACCUGUGGAGUUUUGGAAGAAAACAGAAGAAGCUGUGAAUAAGGUGAAAAUUCAGGCCAUGUCAGAAGUACAGAAGGCAGUUGCUGAGGCUGAGCAAAAAGCCUUUGAAGUGAUUGCAACAGAGAGAGCUCGAAUGGAACAAACCAUAGCAGAUGUCAAACGACAGGCCGCAGAAGAUGCCUUCCUUGUGAUCAAUGAGCAAGAAGAGUCAACUGAGAACUGCUGGAACUGUGGCCGCAAAGCUAGCGAGACGUGCAGUGGCUGCAACAUUGCCCGGUACUGCGGCUCUUUCUGCCAGCACAAGGACUGGGAGCGGCACCACCGCCUCUGUGGCCAGAGUCUGCAUGGUCAGAGUCCCCAUAGCCAGAGCCGGCCGCUGCUUCCUGGAGGGAGGGGCUCCUCAGCCAGGUCAGCUGACUGCAGUGUGCCCAGCCCAGCCCUAGACAAGACCUCGGCCACCACCUCACGUUCCUCAACUCCUGCCUCUGUAACAGCCAUUGAUGCCAAUGGACUCUGAGCCCCAGACUCCACCCACCCUUAUGGCCACUCCAUGUGACAGAGCCCUUGCAGCAAGGAUUUGGCUGUUGGAUCCAGAAGCUGUUGGGUCAUUGUCAAGAACUGAACUGAAAGCAGGAUUUGACCAAGCCUCCCUGCAACUUGUCAAGAAUGUGCAGAAGAACUAGUAUGCUGGGCUUUGCACACAGGUGGCCUGAACUGCCUCCUCGGUGGCUCUCCCAUGUUCCUCUCCCAGUCAGAGCUGGCUUAGCCAGCCCAUUCAGUGCAGAUCACCAGCUCCCCACCUUCUUCACUGGCAGACUGUCACAGUGCUGGCCAAGCUGGCUGCAACUCACCCCUGUACUAUCUAGUUCCUGCUCCAUCCAUGGGCCUCAUGUGCCAGAGGCCAGGACGCAGACAGCAGUCUGAGGAGGCCUCUCAGCCUCACAGGGACUUGGGUAGGCGAAAAGCUGUACUCAGGACACAUCUUCUGCCCAGAAAAGGGCAAAAAAGAAGCCAGUACUUCAGUUGAAGCACUCCUAAUGAUAAGAAGGAAUAAAAAUAAGUUUUCCCUGACAUUGAAAAGUAUUUUGGACUAGUUUCCAACCUGGCUGGCUCCUUUAGUUUGGAACCCAUUUUUCUUCCAUAUCUCAUUUGAUUUUGUGUGUGCAGAAAAUAGUUUCCAGCACUUGGACUGGUCCAAGAGAAAAUGGGACUCCUUUGUGUUAUUCUUCUCUCUGAGCAUGCUGGCCAAACUAGUAUCAUUAAAUUACUAAGCAGGUCAUCUCUUGGAAGUUCAGGGCUCUCUGCCACUGCUUGACUGUUUGCAUAGUCAUCUUCUAUGUCCUUUUCUCUCAGACCGCAUAUGACCGACUCUGGGCGUUGUCUGCCUGUGGGCUCUGGUUAGUACUGUUAGGCUGCAGCAGUUACAUGAGCUGUGCCGGAGUGUGAGGACUUAGCACAACAGGCUGGUGUUAGCUGAGCAGCCCUCUGGACCUGAAGAGGCUCCUCACACCUGGUUCCUGGCAUUAUGGCUAUGACAUCAAUUCAUUAUCAGGCACACAGGCUCAGUCUCCCUUCUCACAUGACCUGUUCAGUACAUUCCUUCAGCUCAGGAAGAUUGUGUGACAUGUAAGAGCUGUUUGGGAAAGCUUUCUACCUGCUCCCCUGGCUGUCCAGCCCCUCUCUACUCCCCAGAGUGGUGGGUGCUCCUUCACACCUUCUCUGCCAGCACAGGGACCUACUCCCACUUAUUCCCCACUGAGCUCCAGCAUCCUCCCCUGCCCUGUGGAAUCACUUGGGGUGAGUUGCUUGACCUUGUUCCUGCUGGCUUUUGAAAGCCAUGGUUAGAUUGCCACUCUCUGUGCAGUGACCUGAUCCGAAUUAAAAGCCCUAUUGGUCCCAUACAGGAAAGUGAUGGGCAUGGUGGCUUCGGCCUCCCAUAUAGUUGUAACAUACUUAAGAGCUUUUAAGUCCCUACUGUACUUUAAUCAAAGAUUUUCAGUUUUUCAAAGAAACUUGGUACAGGGAACCUUAAGA